AUGAUAACUAUUAGAAGCUUAAAUGAAUUAACUUCGACUGACUUAGUUAACUCAAAUAAUUUAUCUGUUAAUCUAAAUAAUAUGAAAAUUGGUAACUAGUAAAUAACUGUUAUUGCUGAUUCCUUAAAAUAAUGCUAAAAUCUUAACAGCCUAACAAUAGAUUUAAGCCUUAAUCAAAUCAAUGGAUCAGCAGCGAUUGAUUUAGUUUCUGUAUUGAAAGAAAACUCAAAUUUGACAAAUUUAAGACUAUGUUUGGGCUAAAAUUAGGUUUGUGAUUAAGGAGCUUCUUUAAUUGGGCAGCAUAUAAAAGAAUAUCCUAAUCUUACUAAUUUGAUCUUAGGUUUGAACAACAAUAAAAUAGGAGACUAAGGAACUUAUCAUUUAAUUUCUAAUUUGAAAUAAUGCGAACGUCUUUCUGCCCUAGAGUUACACCUUUAAUAUAACUAAUUAGGAGACCAAGCAGUAUCAUCAAUGAUGCCUUAAUUUAAACAGUGCUAAAAUCUCGAAAAACUUAAAUUGGUUUUAAACAAUAAUCAAAUAAAGGAUUUCAGUGUCAAUUAUUUAGUUAAUUAGUUGAGCCAAUCUGAUAAGCUCAAAGAUUUACAAAUAUUUUUAGAUUCUAAUUGGAUUGGUGACUAAUUAGCUUAUAAAUUUGUGGAGGGAAUCAAAAUGUGCUAAAAUAUAACUCACCUUAUACUUACUUUAACAUACUGUAAGAUUGGUAACGAUGGAGCUAAAUAGUUAGCUAGCUAGCUAAAAUUAUGUUAGAACCUAUGUAAUCUCAUUCUAAAUUUAGAGUACAAUUAUAUUAAAAACGAAGGAGCUUAGUGUUUAGGAAUGGAAUUGAAAUAGCUAAAAAGCUUAACCCAUUUUAAGCUAGGAAUAAGCUCAAACGAAGUCGAAUAAGAAGGUGCUAUUUAAUUGAUCACAGAACUUAGGUAGUGCUAAAGCCUUUCCUCAUUAGAUCUUUACAUUUCUCAUGUAAAAAUCAAUGAUAACUCAGCUGGUGCUAUAGCUUAAAUUUUAAGAUAAUACCCUUAACUGAAUUCUCUAACUUUAGGAUUAGCCUACUGUAGCAUCAAGUAAGAAGGAGCUCUGGCAUUCGCAGCUGAACUUGCUUAAUUUUAGCAACUUACUGCUCUUAAAUUAGGAUUUCUUUGUAAUCGUAUAGGAGAUUUAGGUGCAGCAGCAAUUUCAAAUUCAAUAAGAAGUCUUGUCAGAUUGAAAAUUCUUGAAGUUAAUUUUGGAAACAAUUUGAUGAGCUUAAGUGCCAACUUAUCUUUUUACAGGAAGCUUUACAAAUUGAAGAGAUUGAUCUUAGUUUAAGUGAAUUGA